AUGGAGCUCGGGGGUGCGGAUAAUGCGGCUGCUGUCGAUCCGGUCACUAUUGUGAUCAAAGAAUGCAUCAAUCUUUCCACUGCAAUGCGGAAAUACUCCCAGUUCACCUCACAAUCCGGAGUAGCAGCACUAUUAGGUGGUGGGAGUGAUAUAUUUAGCAAUCAGGAUGACUCUUUGGCGAGCACGUUCAAUAAUUUGUCUACCAACAAGAAUAAUGAUCCAUUAUUGUCAGGCUUUAUCCAGCUGCGGCUGAUGCUGAAUAAAGCCAAAAGUCUCAAUGAUAUCGAUUCACUGACUUUAUUGCAACCGUUCCUCCUAGUCAUACGUACCAGCUCUGUGUCGGGGUAUAUUACUUCAUUGGCUUUGGAUUCUUUGCAAAAGUUCUUGACAUUGAAUGUCAUUAACGAGACAUCAUUGAACCAUAAGGCAGCAUACCAUGAAACUGUCAACGCGCUCACUCAUUGUAGAUUUGAAGGGUCUGAGCAGCUGUCUGAUGACUCAGUUCUUCUCAAAGUUGUCGUUCUUCUGCAAACUGUCAUCCAAUCACCUUGUGGAGAUCUUCUGUCGGAUUCUAUCAUGUAUGAUGUUUUGCAGACUAUACUGUCAUUGGCCUGUAAUAAGCGAAGGAGUGAAGUUUUGAGAAGAGCUGCUGAGUUUACGAUGAUUGCCAUCACGGUCAAGAUUUUCAAUAAGCUUAAGAACAUCGAACCAACAAAGCUUACCGAAAAAUAUAUCAACGACGAAAGCUAUGCAAAUAAUGAGCUUCAAGCUGACAUAAUCGGCGUUAGCGAUAAAAGCAAUGUGACAUAUAAUACUGAGGAUGAGGAACGCGAGGACCUACACACACCAAAUACAGAAAUUACAAACGAGCCGAAACCAAAUAUCUCAAACACAAAACCCUCCGUUACUGUUGAAGCAAACUAUGGUUUGCCGGUGAUAAAGCAAUACCUGAACCUCCUGCUAUCUUUGAUAGUUCCCGAGAAUCAAACAAAACACACGAAUUCAGCCAGAAUAUUUGGAUUCAAUUUAAUUAACACAGCUAUAGAACUUUCUGGCGACAAGUUCCCUUUACAUCCACGCCUUUUCAGUUUGAUUUCAGACCCUAUUUUCAAAUACGUCCUAUUCAUCAUUCAGAACAGCAACAAACUCUCUCUUUUACAAGCAGCCUUACAACUAUUCACCACUCUGGUUGUUAUACUGGGAGAUCACUUACAGAUGCAAAUUGAACUCACAUUAACCCGUAUAUUCACAGUUCUGUCACAAUCCUCUAAUAAGAAUGUCGAUGAUUCGAAAGAAAGGUCUGCUGCUGUGAAGGAACUCUUGAUCGAACAAGUAUCGAUUCUCUGGACUCGAUUUCCCUCAUUUUUCACAUCUACUUUCAUCAACUUUGAUUGCAAUCUAGAUAGAGCGGAUUUGUCGAUCCAGUCUCUAACAAUAUUGACAAAAUUAGCACUACCAGAAGCGGCAAUAGCGACGACAGAUAACGUUCCACCAAUCUGUUUGGAGGGACUUGUUUAUCUCAUUGAUGAGAUGUAUGACCGUCUACAAGGUGUAGACAGAGAAAAUUUUCUUUUGAAUGAAACCAGUGUUGAACUGCUCAAGCAACGCGAACGUAAAACUGAGUUCAUCAAAUGUGCUACGAAAUUUAACGAAAAACCAAAGAAAGGAAUUCCUAUGCUGAUUGAGAAGGGGUUUAUCGAAAGCGAUUCCGAGGAAGAUCUGUCGAAAUUUCUGUUUGAAAACAACAGUCGAGUGAACAAAAAAACCAUUGGAUUAUUACUCUGUGAUCCAAAGAAGACAUCUUUACUGAAAAACUUUAUUGACCUGUUUGAUUUCAAAGGCUUGAGGGUAGAUGAGGCCAUAAGAUUCUUGUUGACGAAGUUUCGUUUGCCCGGUGAAUCUCAACAAAUUGAGAGAAUAAUCGAAGCUUUCUCUUCAAGGUAUGUUGAGUGUCAGGAAUACGAAUUGUCAGAGCGCAAGGAGGGAGUUACGGAAGACGUAGAAGCCGUUCAGCCUGAUCCGGACUCAGUUUUCAUACUGAGUUAUUCGAUUAUCAUGUUGAACACUGACUUGCACAAUCCUCAAGUGAAAGAGCACAUGUCAUAUGAAGACUACUCUGGAAAUUUGAAAGGCUGCUACAAUCAAAAAAAUUUCCCGGCUUGGUACCUUGAUAAGAUUUACUCUUCAAUUCGUGAUAAAGAAAUUGUGAUGCCUGAAGAACAUCAUGGGAAUGACAGGUGGUUUGAGGACGCAUGGAAUAACCUGAUUUCAUCUACCACAGUAUUGACAGAAGUCGCUAGAGAUCCAAAGAAUGCAGUUGACAACAUGAGUCUCCAGGACCUGGCGCAAUUCGAUGGGGCAAUAUUCAGGAAUAUUGGCCCUUCUAUUGUCAGAACACUACUCAAAAUUUUCAAGGUUGCAACCGAUGACCAUAUUUCCACACGCAUGUUGACCAGUAUCGAUAAGUGUUCUUACAUUGCCUCCUUUUUCAAUUAUAAGGGCUUGUUCAACGAUAUUCUGCGCAGCAUUGCUGAUAUGACCACAUUGCUAACACCAGAUGCUCUGGCUGGGAAGAGAUCUUCUCCUGAUGUCGAUGAAAUUCCAUUGGUCGAAAUAGUCAUGAAUGAUACAGACUCUAGAAUUGCCGUGAGUACAGAGUCGGUUAGAUUGGGAAGAUCUUUCAAGGGGCAGCUAUGUAUGGUAGUGCUGUUCCGAAUUCUUCGGAGGAAUAGACACCCUAACGUAAUCGACGGCGAACUCUGGUCGAAAGUCAUACAAAUCAUUUUGGUAUUGUAUGAGAAUCUUUUGAUUAGUCCUGACAUUAUCCCAAAGGUAGAACAAGGACCAAAGCUUGGUGAUAUAAAAAAACCCACACCGGAAAUUUCGAUUAAGAAAGCAAGAGAAACCAAAGGUAUAUUAUCUGCAUUUGCAUCCUAUCUGAAGGGAGAUGAGGAGCCAACUGAGGAUGAGAUAGAAGCCUCGAUCAAGGCAUCGCAGUGCAUUGCUUCCAGCAAUAUUGCUUCAUCUGUCUUUGGGAAUGAGGCUAAUGUAACAGAAGAUUUGAUCAAAACCUUGUUAAGUUCGAUCAAGGUAGAGAAGACCACCGAAAAUACUAGAUUUUUUGAAAGUGAAAUGCUUUUCCUGGUAGAGUUGUCCGUGACCCUUCAUUUCCCUUACCAUCAACAGGAGAAAGUAGUUUCGUUGAUCUUGAAGAAGGUGUCAGAAUUAUCGCAAGUCACUGGUUUAUCCAAAACAACCUUAGGACGGCUAAUGACGUGCAGGUUACUGCUUUUCUCGGCAGUGACAAAUCAAGAAUCAUUGCUUCUAGAACUCAUUAAUAAAGAUCUUUUGGAAAAGAAUGAGAUUUUCACACAGAAGUUUUUUACUAGCGAUACUGGGAGUGAAGUUCUGAACCAGAUAUUAAACUUAGCGGAAAGCGGUUAUUAUAGAGUCCAUUUACUACAAGAUGCUGGUUUUUGGAAACUCUUGAGGUCCUCACCAGUAAUGAAGGGACAUGCGAGGGAGGUCUACUUGUUUUUGGAAAACUCUCUUCUAAAAUCAACAGGUACUUUGACCGAUAAAAACUUCAUGUGGGUGUUAGGUUUAUUGGAUGAGAUCUCAUCAGCCGGGGCGCUUGGUAGCCGGUGGGAGAAUGAGUAUGAUAAACUUCUCCGGAAGGGACAGAAGGUUGAUAAAGAAAAUCCAUUCCAAGAUAUUGUGGAAUUGUCUUUAAAAUCCGUCAACAUCACAAGUCGCCUCUUGGAAGAGGACGUGACUUCGUUCAAACUAUCCAAGAGUGAAACGAUAGCUGUAAUUCAAGCUCUCGCGCACCAAUGCCUGAACCCCUGUCAACAAGUUCGCUCAUACUCUCUGGAAACCCUGGAGGUUGCUAUUAAGGAGAAGAUCGAGCUUCCUUCGGAUGAAAUAGCGACAGUGGAGGAGAUAAUUGAAGGAGGUCUUCUGCCUCUUUUAGAAUCAACAGCUACCAAACAAGAUAGCAAUGUUGCCGUGCCAAAGAUCCUAGCUGUCAUCUCAAAUUUCUAUCUACACUGUUUGAGAAAGGGGAUUACCACAAACGAUACAUUUCUCAAGGUGCUUAAUAUCUUCAACAAAUACGUUGACAUGCCUUCAGUGGAAAACCAAUUACAAGAACUGAUAACCGAGAAGAAACAGAUAGAGGCAGGCGCCGUCAAAGCAGACGCCAUAUCAACCGAUACUGCGGAAUCAUAG